AAGUGAAAGCGUUCCGUUCAGUUUCUGGUAUCCACUCGCGUGACGCCAACGUAUCCCUCCUACUCCAGCGGCCCAACAGGCAGCCCCCACGCGCACGUCAUCAUAAAAAUAAAAUAAAAGAGCAACUCGCCGCCGACGCCGCCGCCGCCGCCGGUCCUAGGGUUACCGGUGCCUCGCGGCUCCUCCGGACGGCCCUCCGUCGCCGCGCUGCCCUCCCCGUUGGUACGCCGCACCUUCAGCCGGGACCCCUCCCGCGCCGCCGGCUGGAGCUGCUCCGCGACGCCGACCGGAGCAGAUUGGGGAGCUGAGAUCGGCAUGGCGUGGUCGGCGAAUCUGGAGACGAUGGAGCUGGAGAUCCUGGGCAUGAACUUCGGCUGCGUCCUCUCGGCGCUGGCGGACGCCAAGAUCCCGGAGAAACAGUGCCUGCUCCCGCUCGUCUCCAAGCUCCUCGGCUACUGCAUCGUUGCCGCCUCCACCACCGUCAAGCUCCCGCAGAUACUAAAGAUUUUGAAGCAUAGAAGUGUUAGAGGACUUAGUGUAGCCUCCUUUGAGCUGGAGCUCAUUGGCUACACAAUUGCUCUGGCAUAUUGUAUUCACAAAGGACUGCCCUUUUCAGCUUAUGGAGAGCUAGCUUUUCUGCUGAUCCAAGCAAUUAUCUUGAUUGGAAUCAUUUACUAUUACUCGCCACCAAUGGGAAGCAAAACAUGGAUGAAAGCUUUGCUAUAUUGUGGACUAGCUCCGACUGUUUUGGCUGGAAAAAUUGAUCCAGGUCUUUUUGAAAUCCUUUAUGCUUCACAGCAUGCCAUCUUCUUCUGUGCUAGAGUGCCGCAAAUAUGGAAAAAUUUCACAAAUAAGAGCACUGGCGAGUUGAGCUUCCUGACUUCUUUCAUGAACUUUGCUGGUUCCCUUGUAAGAGUUUUUACCAGCAUCCAGGAGAAGACUCCGUUAAGUGUACUUAUGGGCUCUGUAAUCGGCAUCGUGACAAACGGUACGAUCUUGAGUCAGAUAGCGAUGUACCAAAAGCCCGUGCCGAAGAAAGCGAAGAAAGAAGAAUAGGGCACGAGAACUCUUGCUGGUGGUUUACAAUUUUGCUCCAGGGCUAUUCUUGGAGCAACAUGCGCCACUUACCUGCAGGCUUUGGGGCAUGACAAGAACAGUAGGGAGAAAAUUCAUGCAGACUCGAGUGACGAUGAAACAAUAGGAUAUUUCUUGGUUUGUAAUUUUUGGAAGUGGGGUAAACUGACUGGCUGUGUAGUUUUCAAUUGCCACCUUGGUUAGUUUACUCUGUGCAACUGUUUAAUGAUGCUAGAAAAGGUGUAUAUCUAUUUUUUUAUGUUUGAAUAUUAUUUGUUGUUUUUAGCAAUUCUGCCCAAUUUGGCGUUCA